UUGGCAAGUUGAGGGGAGAGCCCCCGGAGUCCGGAGAGGGCUGGGCUCCUUGCCCCUCAUUCGCUCGCCGCUGUUCUCUGCUACUGGGAGUGAAAGCCUAUCGAAACCGACCGAGGCCUCGGGAUCCCACCCGAGACCCAGCCGCAGAGCUCGGUACCUCUUGCUAUCCCCACGGAGAACCCCGGAGCCCUCGCUGGGCAGGGGAGGGAGGGCGAGACAGAGGCAUGGCGAGGUUCUCGAGGGCUGAUCUGGCUGCCGCAGGAGUUAUGUUACUUUGUCACUUUUUAACCGACCGAUUCCAGUUGGCCCACGGGGAGCCUGGACAUCAAAUCACUGAUUGGAAGUAUGAUAUUUCAAAGACCUUUCCUCGAGGAGAAGAUGGGGUGGAUGUGGACUCACAAGCAUACAGCCACAGGUGGAAAAGAAAUUUGGACCCUUUUAAGGCAGUAGACACAAACAGAGCCAGUAUGGGACAAGACUCACCAGAGUCCAGAGGUUUCACUGACCUACUACUGGAUGAUGGGCAGGACAAUACCACCCAGAUUGAGGAGGACACAGAUCACAAUUACUACAUAUCUCGGAUAUAUGGCCCAACGGAUUCUGCCAGCCGAGAUCUGUGGGUGAACAUAGACCAAAUGGAGAAAGACAAAGUGAAGAUUCAUGGGAUCCUGUCCAAUACUCAUCGUCAAGCAGCCAGAGUGAAUCUGUCCUUCGAUUUUCCAUUUUAUGGUCAUUUCCUACGUGAAAUCACUGUGGCUACUGGAGGUUUCAUAUACACUGGAGAAGUUGUACAUCGAAUGCUAACAGCCACACAGUAUAUAGCACCUUUAAUGGCAAAUUUUGAUCCCAGUGUAUCCAGAAAUUCAACCGUCAGAUACUUUGAUAAUGGCACAGCACUUGUUGUCCAGUGGGACCAUGUGCACCUGCAGGAUAAUUAUAACCUUGGAAGCUUCACAUUCCAGGCAACACUCCUCAUGGAUGGACGGAUCAUCUUUGGCUACAAAGAAAUACCUGUCUUGGUCACACAGAUAAGUUCCACCAACCAUCCAGUGAAAGUCGGGCUGUCUGAUGCAUUUGUCGUUGUCCACAGGAUCCAGCAAAUCCCCAAUGUUCGAAGAAGAACAAUUUAUGAAUAUCACCGAGUAGAACUUCAAAUGUCAAAAAUUACCAACAUUUCAGCUGUGGAGAUGACCCCACUCCCCACAUGUCUCCAGUUCAAUAGCUGUGGUACUUGUGUAUCCUCUCAGAUUGGCUUCAACUGCAGUUGGUGUAGUAAACUUCAAAGAUGCUCCAGUGGAUUCGAUCGCCAUCGGCAGGACUGGGUGGAUAGUGGAUGUCCAGAGGAAGUACAGUCAAAAGAGAAGAUAUGUGAGGGCACAGAACCAGCAGAGACUUCUCAAACCACCACGACCUCACACACAACCACCAUGCAAUUCAGGGUCCUGACCACCACCAGGAGAGCCGUGACGUCACAGCUGCCCACCAGCCUGCCCACAGAAGAUGACACAAAGAUAGCACUACAUCUCAAAGACAAUGGAGCCUCCACAGAUGACAGUGCAGCUGAGAAGAAAGGAGGAACCCUCCAUGCCGGCCUCAUCGUUGGAAUCCUCAUCCUGGUCCUCAUUAUAGCAGCGGCCAUCCUGGUGACAGUUUAUAUGUAUCACCACCCAACAUCAGCAGCCAGCAUCUUCUUCAUUGAGAGACGCCCAAGCAGAUGGCCAGCAAUGAAGUUUCGAAGAGGAUCAGGACAUCCUGCUUAUGCAGAAGUGGAACCAGUUGGAGAGAAAGAAGGUUUUAUUGUAUCAGAGCAGUGCUAAAGUUUAGGACAGAGCAGCACCAGUACUGGCUUACAGGUGUUAAGACUAAACUUCGCUUAUACCUUUAAAACAGACAGACACACACCCACAGCCACACACAAAGGAGCCCUAAACUGCUGUAGCCAGAAGGGAGACAAGAUUUCUGGAUGAGCCCAGCACAGGAACAUUGAAAAGAAAACUCAGACUUGUACAAGACACCAUGUACACUGAAUAUAAAAUUCCCUAGUGGAAUGACAUCCAUGGUUCAUGAGGAACAUCUCCUGUGGACUUGCCAGACG